AUGCCAGGAUCAACAGACCUCCUCCUCCGCCGCGUCACCUCGGUCGUACUCGCCAUCUUCUUCUUCUCGGCCGCCUCGGGCCGCUUCACCCCGGUCUCAUGGUUUACCCAAUCUGACUGGGUCACCUACCUCGACGGGCCCUGCCUGGCCGACCGCGUCCUCUCGCCCGUGCUGCUCGGCGGCGCCGCCAUCCUGCACUGGUACAUCGCCUCCCAGCGCGCCCCACUCCCGCUGACCAUCACCAUCCCGAACCCGGGGCAGGACGUCGCGCGCGGCGGCGGAGGGGCGGGAGCGGCAGCAGCCGGCAACACCCUCGUCCUGGGCCUGUGGCAGCCGGGCUACUACUGGCCCCUCGCCGUCGCCGAGGCCGUGCUGCUCUACGCCGUGGCCUCGGGCGGCGCGAGCGUCUUCGCGGCGCGGUUCGUCGUCGUCGCGCUCGUCUCGGGCGUCUGGGUCCUCGGGUGGAACGCACUGCCCUGGUAUCGCAAGGAGCAGGCCUGGGCCAUGAUCAAGGAGUAUGUGCUGCAGCUCAUCAUCAUGGAGAUGGUGAACAUGGCCUUUGGGGGCGGGUCGGACCGCAGGAGGAGGCGGAGGAGGUUUUGA